AUGAAAAGACAGGAGCAUCAGCCAGACAGACCAACAGGGUUCCCGCCAGUGUUGCUCUUUAAUCAGAGGAAAAGAAACAGGGUUCCUCUGACAUCUAUGCCCUGUGAGAAUGAUUUCUUUUCUCACAGUGAAUAUAUGGCAAGCACCAGCUCAUCGACACCUGGCAACAGCUCAGAUUUACAUGGGUAUUACCAAGACUCAGGUGACUCUUCUUGUGCACCUAAAAGCAACCAGUGGAACAGACAAGACACCCAACAGUCUGCUCCACCACACCAGUAUGGCACCAGCAGACCUGCUCCUGGACCCACUCCUGCUAUGAGAUCCUACACACCAGUGCCACAUCCAUACAAAGCAGGACCCAUAAGGCCUAUGGGGGGGCAGCCUGGCAACUCAGUCAGACAACUUGAUUUCAGCUCCAGACCUGACUCCAGACAGAUCAGUUAUCAAAGCCCUUGUGGCAGUGGGAGUGAACAAAGGAAGUCAACUCUCCAAACAAGCUUCCCUCAAAUGGCUCAGCAGUCACCAUACAAGCCACCCGUCUCUACACGUCAAUAUUCCCAGCAGCCCCCCAGACCUCCUCCCUCUACCCAAGCACCACCCAGGAGGCCAUCUGCUCCUGGUGCGCCACCACCCAACAACUCCUGGAAAUUCACUAACACCUCUGAGCUUCAGAAAUCCCCAUUUGAGGGAAAAAAGAUCUCAAACCAGCCCCAAACUAUUCAACCAGCUAAAACUCAGCAGAAACCAGUUUCAGCAAAGCCCGCUUUUGAAAACUCACUGAGGAUCCUGACCGCAGUUAUCAAUGGAAUGAAACACUGGAGCCAGUUUAAAGACAAAGUGCCGUACUUAUUUGAGAUUUUUGGUACUCUGGACUCAGCCGUCACAGUGGGGUCACAUGGAGCCAAGAACUUCCUAAUGAGAGAUGGAAAGGAGACUGUGCAGUGUAUUUAUUAUGAAAACGAGCAGGCCCUGCCCCGUCUGAUCCGCGGUCAGGUCCACCGCUGUGUGGGGAACUAUGACCGGAGCAGGGAUGUCCUGAUGUGUGUGUCGGUCAGACCAGGCCUGCCCUCAGAGGUCAGAAACGCUCAGGAGGCUGUGAAAGCGUGUGAUGCCGAAAUGAGAUCGCUGGUCAAAACUCUCAGUGAAGUCUGAAUGUGAGCGGACGUCUUGACACGUCAGAGCCACAAAAAGAGGAAAUAUAGUUUGGAAGAGUUUCUAUCUGCUUAUUCAAUCUGUUGUUGUAGGUAUUUAAUUUAAUUUAAAAAAGCUGUUUUUAACCUGAAAAGGGAACAAAUAUUUGCUGGUAUGUUGUUUGCAGUUAGUAUCACCUGCAUGAUCCUUCGUCCUUAAGAUGUUAAAAUGUUGUUACU